AUGGCCGAGCUCAAGUCGCUGUCGGGGGACUCGUACCUGGCGCUGAGCCACGGCUACACGGUAACCGGCCACGCCUACGCUGCGGCGCGCGGACCGGAGACCACACGCGGCUUCGGUGCAUCCGGUCCGUGUGGCGACCUCCCUUCGGCUCCCGCUUCCCGCGUCCCCGCCGCGACGGUCGAGAGCAGCGGCGAGCAGAGCGGCGACGAGGACGAAGCCUUCGAGAGGCGGCGGCGGCGGCGAGGGUCCGGGGUUGCGGUGGACACACGGCGGCGGCCCCGGGAGCAGCGCUCGCUGAGACUCAGCAUCAACGCGCGCGAGCGGCGACGCAUGCACGACCUGAACGACGCGCUGGACGGGCUGCGCGCAGUCAUCCCCUACGCGCACAGCCCGUCGGUGCGCAAGCUCUCCAAGAUCGCCACGCUUCUGCUGGCCAAGAACUAUAUCCUCAUGCAAGCGCAGGCCCUGGAGGAGAUGCGGCGCUUGGUGGCCUACCUCAACCAAGGCCAAGGCCUCGCGGCGCCGGUGGCCGCCGCGCCUCUGACGCCCUUUGGCCAGGCAGCGGUUUAUCCGUUCUCGGCGGGCGCCGCGCUCGGACCCUGCCCAGACAAGUGUGCCACCUUCUCAGGAUCGCCCUCGGCGCUUUGCAAACACUGCGGCGAGAAGCCCUGA